CGGGUAUCAGUAUAGGCUGAUGGGACUUGGUGUGGGGCUAAGGUGUUUCGAAAAAAAUUUGAGAACGUUCGCCGGAGUUAACUUUGCGAUAUUUCACAGAACGGAAGUGUGUUAGAACGGUUCCUUUUUGUUCUUCUUGUUUCAAUCAACAGCAACAACAACUCAUAAAAAACUUUUAGAGAAGAGAAAAUCAGUAUGAAGCGGAAGACUGACAUGAAACUUCUAACGGUGUUGUUAUUUCUAAUUAAUCUGCUCGAUUGCGUGCAACCGGAAGCUCUUUCCUUAUCCAUAGCCGGUUUAGAGAGCCUGGUUGCGAGGGAAAAGUUUUUAAUCGAUAACUUGGAACUUUAUCUGGGUGCACUUGAGAGGAAGGCCCACGUUAUUCGCAGUAACCUAGAUCGGAUGAGAGCUGAAAACAAUAAGGCUGCACUUGAGGGCGAAGCUUAUUUGAUGAAUCCGCUGCAGGCGUUCCCUCUAUUGCGUCGCUUGCACUCGGACUGGCUGCACUGGCAGCUCUAUCUGCAGAAAUCAACUGGUGAUGAAUAUGUGAAGGAAAUAACAAAUGAACGGCAGCAUUUACCCUCGGAGGAGGAAUUCAACGAAGCGGCCGAUGCAAUGUUUCGCCUCCAAGAUACCUAUGAGCUGGAUCCGACGGAAAUGUCGAUCGGGAUAUUGAAUGGAGUGCAAUACGACGUCAGUUUAUCUGCGAUAGAUUGUUUCUCCAUUGGAUAUCGGUUGCUGCACGAUGGACGUGGACGAUAUGUGGAGGCGUCUAUGUGGUUUCAGUCGGCGUUGAAUUUAUUCAACGAGGGAAAUUCGAUGAAUGAAGUUUUGGAUUUUAAGCUGGCCAAAAUAUUGUACUCCUAUUCACAAUCAUUGGCUAAACAAGACAAACUAUCGGAAGCAAUGCCAUUCAUCGAUUAUGUUGUACAAGUUGAACCAGGUAACGCUAUUGCACUACAACAACGAGAAAUAUGGAAAAUGGAAAUGAAAGCAAAGGAGAAUUUUCCACCGACACUUCCAAAAGAAAAAUACGUUGACCCUGCCAGACAGAGAUAUCGACUGGGUUGUCAGGGAAAAUAUCGUGAAAGAGUUGCCAACUUACAUUGUGUCUAUAAUACAACAACAGAUCCGUUCCUAAAGUUGGCUCCUUUGAAAAUGGAACAAAUCAGUCUUGAUCCAUAUGUUGUUCUGUAUCACGAUGUUUUAUCUGAUCUAGAAAUUGAAGUUCUACAAACUAUGGCAACACCAAAUUUACAACGAGCCACAGUUUAUAGUGAAACGGAAAUGAGAUCGGUUUCUGUUCCAACUCGAACAAGUAAGUUUGCCUGGUUCCCGGACAAUACAAAUUACAUUACAUCGAGAAUAAGUCGAAGAUUAGAAGAUAUGACUGGCUUUGGUAUGGAGACGAGUGAACAUCUUCAAGCUAUGAAUUAUGGAAUCGGUGGACAUUAUGAUACGCAUCAUGACUUUUUUAAUGUUUCCCGUACCAGCAGCGUUGUACAAUAUGCAGGAGAUCGUAUAGCUACAGCUAUGUUUUAUUUGAGUGAUGUGAAACAAGGAGGUGCUACAGUAUUUCCUAAUGUUCAACUUGGCGUCUUCCCAAAGAAAGGUGCUUGUAUCUUUUGGCACAAUUUGAAUACCAGGGGUGAGGGCGAUCCGAAUACGCUACAUGCAGCAUGUCCUGUCAUUGUUGGUUCCAAAUGGGUUUGCAACAAGUGGAUUCGUGAGAAGGAGCAAAUGUUUAGACGACCUUGCCCACGUGAAAUGUAAAAUAAAUAUUGUUUUCUAUUCAAAAUAAGUAAAAUGUGAUAUUUUUGGAAUUUUCUUGUUUGCCAAGUUGAAAAUAAAUAAAAUUAAAGAAAAAACUCCUACUUAAAAGGUUACCACUUAUUGAAAUA